AUGCCCACCGUGGCGGAGCACCUCGUGAAGAUGCCGAGCCCUCUGAGAAAAGUUUGCUGCUCCAUAGUUGCAUCGGUUGCCAUUCUAUCGCUUUGGCCGUUUCAAGUGCUUUGGAUGGUUUUUCCACGCAGUCUGAUUUUGAGUUCAGGAGUUGAUUUGCAACUUCCUCCAGUGCUCCCAGCCAUGGCCAAGCAAGUUGAAGGGAAGCUUUGUGUGGCCAGAGCCAACGGACAGCAGUUUGAUGUGAAGUUCGAUGGGAGUGACACAACCCUCACUCUGAAAGCACGACUUUAUGAUCAAAUGGUGGAAGGAGGGCAGUCUGAAGCGGUACAGUGUUCGGGAAUGAAGCUUCUCCACGGAUUGGACAUCUUGCACGAUGACUGGGUGUUGAAGGAUCAUGGCAUAGAAGAUGGAGCUCACUUGACUCUGGUGAUUUCUUCUUUCCCAUCAGGAACCUACAACUUUGUUUCCCGCAGAGACAAUGCCCCUGCUGGGUCGAACACAACAGCGAGAGUUCAGGUCUCCUUUCAUCAAGAUGGUGCGUUCAGUCUCAGCAUCCACGAGUCUGAGAUCACCUCCCUUGUCCGGUUCACUGAUAGUGACCCCUAUCAAAUGGGAGAGAGAUAUGCUCACGAGUACUCUGGCAAAGCAACUGCGGGCGAAGAGAAACAAAUUGUACUCAAAGUGUUAGAUUAUCAGCGCAAAGGCAUCCGAUUUCAGUCUGAUCCUCACGCUGACUUGAUAGGCGAAAUGCAAGAGUCCAUGGAUGAAAUCCGGCUACAGCUUCCGUUUGAAGCUGGUGCGUGCAACGAGGGUAAAGCUGGCUUGAAGUGGAUAAGUCUAUUGAAGUCUUUCAAGGAGGUGAAGACGAGUGACGACGCUGAUUUGCCAGGUGCUCCACAUCCGGAUCCCUUCGCUCCCCCUGAAGAGCCUGACCCUGCAGCGCCUGGGGGGCGCGACACCUUCCUGGCCGCGCUGCACCGCCGCCGCUUUGAGGCGGUGCGAAAGGCGCAUCCUGGAAGUGCACCGAGCGCAAAAUUGAUCCGUGCAGAGCUCUGCUUUUCGAUUCAAGACAAGAGCUUUUCAGGCAAUGACGAGGACUAUCUCAGUGCCGUCGAUUGCUUCGAUCCGAGCCUCGUCUCAAAUAGACUGCAGGCUGAGUUUUGGGUGGGAAGCGCUGGCUCCUAUGGGAACGCCUCGCGCUUGUGCAGCAGCAGCAGUCCUCCAGGGAAAACUCUAUGCUUCGAUCCUUUGACCCAUCGAUGGGAAAGUCUCCCACCCAUGCAGACCCCUCGAUACUACGCUGCCAUGGUCGCCUUCAAUCAUAGGAUUUAUGUCUGUGGUGGCAAGGACGACAAUGAUUCUGAGGAACUAAGCUCUGUGGAGGGCUUCGAUCCAGAGACUGGCUGUUGGGAAGUCCUGCCAUCCAUGAACAGCAAACGAGCCAAUGCUGGUAUUGUGGCCUCAGGAGGUUAUGUCUACAUUUGCGGAGGCAAGAGAUGCUGCAACAAACGAAACCCCCACCGUUCAUGUUGUGUCCCAACUCGAAGAACACAGCCAAAGCACCCUGAAACCAAACUGGCCUGUACCAAAACCAUUACAGCCACAUUGCUCUCCAAGGUUUUGGUUCCUGUGCUUGCACACCAUUUGUGCAACUUGCUUCUUCCUGCGAUGUGCACGUUUAAGGGGAUUUUUGUUCCUGUUUGCAAGGUGCAAUUCUAUGGUUUGCCGUUUCUGCUGGCCUGUUGUUUGGAGUGCCUUUAGUGUGUGAUUGCACCAACAGCGCAGCCUUCGCAUUGUAUAAAAUAUAUUAAUAUUACUAUAAUAUACUGUAGCUUGCUCCUUGUAGCAUUUUAUGGCGCGUAUGCUGCUUGCGACGAGC